AUGUAUGAGAUUUUUUCAAAAAUUUUAGGCCAAGAUAUUCAAAUACAUAAUUUACAAAAAGACAUACCUUUUCGCUAUGAAAAAAUAGGCGAUGCCCUGAUAUUUAAUGGGAAUUAUCUUAACAAUACAUUUUGGAAGAGUAGGGAUGAAAUAUUCUCUGAACUAUGCGUAAUUUUUAAAGUAAAUAAAAUUUUCAAAGGGAAAAAUAUUUUAUUAAACGAUUACAGAACUCCUACAAUAAACUUGAUAUAUGGAAAUGAUACAAUUGUUAACCACAUUGAAAAUGGAGUUAAUUAUAGAUUUGAUCUCACAAAAAAUAUGUUCAGUUCAGGAAAUGUUAACGAAAGAAUUAGAAUGGGUAAAUUAAAUAGGCCAAAUGAAGUUGUAGUAGACUUAUAUGCAGGUAUUGGUUAUUUUACUUUGCCCAUUUUGAAAAAUAAAAAUUCAAUGGUUGCUUUGGUACAUGCUUGCGAUUGGAAUCCUGAUGCUAUUAAGUACUUGAGGCAAAAUUUAGUACUCAAUCAUAUAGCCCCAGAUAGAUGUAAGAUAUAUGAAGGAGACAAUAGAGAGAUUUGUCCCUUGGGUGUAGCCGACAGAGUCAUAUUGGGUUUGAUACCCUCGUCAAGUAAAUCUUGGUUAACGGCAUUUAAAGCCCUAAAAUUUGACGACGAACCGACGAAACCUCUAUAUCUACGCGACAAAAUAAUGAACGUCCAUAUGAAUUGCGAUUUCCUAGCCCUCGGUAACGACAUUUUCCGUAAUUUUGUAUCGAGGCGUGGCGAUCGUUUCGAUGAGAAAAAUAAUGACGAUUCGCGAAUCUCGCGAAAUUUUGACAAUAAAUCUGAAACUGGCGUUCAUUUGAUAUACCCUUCACGCGAUUUUUUAUUAGCGUCUAUCCUGCGAAAAUUUUUAGUAGACCUGAAAAAGGGGCCAAUAUCGGGGACGGGAGGUGACCACGAGCUUACGACGGACGCCGACGAUUUACUCGACAUUAGUCAGACCUCGAUUUUUAGAUUAUUAUCUUCCAACACCACGAGAAACGGCGAUAUUGUAAUUGACGAAAUCUCACUAGAUGAUUCCAAAAAGAUGUUUUUCCGGGAUUGUUGGGUUCAUUCUGAAUUAGAUCGUAAACAUUUAUCCUUAGUAUCUUCUGAAGAGUUCGUUGAUUUGAUGAGUUCAGAUUCAUCGGAAGAUUUUGGUUCCAAGAUCAAGAGACUCCCAGGUUUGAAUAAAAGAUGGAACACUUUCUUGAGAUACCUUUGGUUAUUGACUGUCAUGUCGUCGCUACAUUCCCAAUUGCUUGAGGCCCUGGAUUUUCAUCGUUUAGCAGAUUACAAAGAAGUCAAAUUAAUUUUGCAGGACUUGAAUAAGGUUAAAAGUUACGGGCCCAAGAUAAUCCAUUACGUCUUGGAUGUCGUAGUUCGAUUCACAUUUGAGAAAAAUUCUUAACAUUUUACAUUAUUUUAUUUUUUUUCUACGAGGGGAGAUUAUGUGAAAUAAAUUGUAGAAUUUGCAAAAACAAAGCAAUUUAUUUAUAAUAUAAAUUAUAUAUUACAUAAAAAGAUAUAUAUAUGUGUAAUAUUAUGGCAAU